UUCAUAAUAAUUUAUUAAUAGUUUGCUUAAGGUUAUAUUAGUUUAUGCAGAGUAAUAAUGUAUUCAUAUUCUAUACUUAUAUAUUUCACAGUUAUAUUGUCAGCUUAUGGAACCAUUCCAUUUAAAUGGAGUGAUUGCAGUACAGACAAAUCUUCACAGGCCAUCCAAGUGACGUCAAUUACUGCCAGUCCAGUUCCACUGUUGGCUCCAGGACCUCUUCAUCUCACAUUUUCUGCCAAAGUCUUAAAACCAGUACCUGUAUUCCAGUUAUCAUUUGAAAUGAAGAGACAUGGAUUUCUAGGAACAAGAAUACAUAUUCCUUGUGUUGGUGGAAUUGGCAGCUGUGUCUUCGAUGGAUGUUCAUUUGUUGACAGUUUGUUAAACUCUACUAGAACUAGUGCACAAAGUAUAGCACAUCAGGCUUUACAGAUGAUAGAAUCUGCCAACGCAACACUGAAAUGUCCAAUACCAGUUGAAAGCAUAGAUGUAAAAAGCUACACGAUAAAUGUUCCAGAUCUCGGUCCAAUUGCACAUGUUAUUGGAGACGGUGAUUACACAGUUAUAGUGAAAACAAAAGUUCCAGGAACCAAUGCACCCCUUGGCUGUUUGUCAUUAGAUAUAUCUCUUGGAAAACAAUGCACAGGAUUGUUUUGUGGUAUUGGAAGGAAACGAAAAUAAAACAAUAACUUUGAAACAAAAACUGUUCUUAUUACAUAUUAAUGCUUCUUAAUAAAUAUUAAAACACCAAA